AUGGCGCCCGAUGCAGGCAUCGCCGACGCCGCCCGGAAGAGAAUCUCAACGGCAUGCGAGGCCUGCCGGGCGACAAAGGUUCGAUGUCGACCCAGUGAAUUCCCUGACGUCUGCCAAAAGUGCCUUGCGUUCAAGAGGGAGUGCAUCUCGCGCAUGUGCCCGCGGCCUCGACGAUCGAGAAAGGCCAAGCAAUCGCAGGACGGUCGGCUGCCUUGCUUGUCAUCGUCGCCGUCUGGCCCGUCCGGUACCUUUACCAUCGACUUCACCAUCCCCGCUAAGUCGGAGCUUGACAACAGCGUAGACGUCUUGCGGGACUCACACGUGCAAUCCCUCGAGCGCCUCUUCCCGGACGACGGUGAUGACGGCGACGGCUCUGAUGCGCAGCAAUGGGUCUCGCCGGGGGCGGCAGAUGUCCAGGCCCCGUCCACUUCGUCGGCGCAGCCCCAUCUGCACUCCAUCCACGACGGCCAUGCCAAGCCCCUGUUCAACAUGGCCUCGGCCGAGUCAUUGCUCCACUCGUUCCGCCGCAACAAGCUCGAGCAUCUCCCCUGCACCGUCCUGGCCGCCGAUGCAUCCGUCCCUCACUUGGCUGCCACGCGGCCCUUUGUGCUGCUUGCCAUCCUCGCCGCCUCGUCCGGCUCCAAGACGCUCCAGGGCCACGGCUUGUACGAUGACGAAUUCCGCAGGGUGCUGGGCUACAAGUUUGUCGCCGGCGGCGAGAGGUCCCUGGAGCUGCUCCAGGGGAUCCUCAUCUACAGUUCAUGGUACCCGUUUCAUCUCCGCCCAAAGGAGAAGCAAGCUUUCCAGUAUUUACGUAUGGCCACGGACAUUAUCCACGACCUCGACCUGGCUCCAGAAUUACCCGCAGGCGUAGACGCCUCCGUCAUGGACCUGACUGACGGGCAGCUCGAUGGCAUCCGCGCCUAUCUAACCUACGUCCACAUCAGCUCCACACAAGUUGUUUCGUGGAAGACCAAUCCCAAGAUCCCCAGCCUCUACAAUUCCUGGACAACCACGUAUUGUGACGUCCUUGAAAGCAAGGCCCGCGUCGAAGGCGAUGCCGUGCUCGCCGCCUUGUGCCGAAACUCGUGUGCGCUCCAUGAGGCGUUCCAGGUCACGCACGAGUUCAGCGGCCAACAGGAUCACCAUCGCUGGCUCAUCCUCUCGGGCCUUGCGACAAAGCUCGCAGAGGCCCGGGCCAGGGCAUCGCCCGCCGUUGUGUCCAACGUGUCCUUUUCUCUGCAAUGCCAUUUCAUCGAUGUCUACCUCGACUGCGGCUCAUUGCUGAGGCUUCCUCGCGCGACGCGCCGUCGUCAUGGUGAAGAUGGGCUUCUUCCGCUGCUGCCGACCAAAAUGUACGAGUGCGUCGUCAAGCUGAGGAUGCUCCUCGACCACCUCGCGGCGCUGGAUGAAGCGGCAUUUCUAUGCUUCACCGUCGACGAUUGGGUGCGGCUCAUUCUAACCGUGAUUCUGUCUCUGCGAUUGUCAUUCCCCAUGUCGGAAUGUCCGGAUUUCGAUGCUUCGUGGGCUCGCUCGCAGUUGCAGUUCGAUCAAUUCCUGAGCCGCAUAAUUGGUGAAACAGACUCGACGCCGGCCUCGAGAAACCUCGACAUUCUCUCCGCCAGCCGCAUCAUCUUGAGAGUCGUCAAAGAUAAGUACCACCGCCGGCUGCGGGCUUUGGAGGAGAAGCAGGCGGCGCCGCCAGACAAGGCAAACGGCUGUCCCAUGUUCGACGCGUUCUUGGAGCCCUACCUACCACUCUGGGAGGCUGAGCUUGGACAUCCGCCGCUGCCAGCGACGACGAUGUCAUCGGGGUCCGGUGAGGAAGCGGCCGCUCCCUUGCCAAUCUUCCACGAUCUCUGGGCGACAAUGACAAUGAAUUGGGCUGGCGGUGACAUUGGUUGA